CUCCUCGCUCGCUUAAUUACGCAAUCAAUCCUCACCUUCCUCCAGACAAAGUUGGCGUGGUCAAGCAUGAACUCUGGAGACUGUUUCAUCCUGGACCUCGGUCUCACCAUCUACGUCUGGAACGGAGCCAGUGCCGGUCUCAUGGAGAAGAGGAAGGCUCUGGAUGUGGCUCGCCGCAUCCGGGACGAGGAGCGAGGUGGACGGGCCGAAAUGGGAGUCAUGGAGGAGGGUACGAUGGACCCGGAGUUUGUGAAGACAUUGAAUGCCAUUGCCGAUGGGACUCCCAAGGACAUCUGUGACCCGACAGAUGACACCACCUUCGAGAGGAUCUCCAGGGACUCUGUGAAGCUGUACCGUGUGUCUGACGCCAGUGGGAGUCUGGAGAUCACAGAGGCCGGGUCCUACCCUCUCUCCCGGGACCUCCUGGACAGCAACGAUGCCUUUAUCCUGGACACUGGGUCUGGAGGCAUCUUUGCAUGGCUGGGAAAGAAGGCCACCAAGGAGGAGAAGAAGGCUGCCUUCAAGAACGCUGUGGACUUUAUCCAGCAGAAGAAGUACCCGAACUGGACCCAUGUCACCACGGUGCGUGAAGGGGCGGAGACUCCGCUGUUCAAACAGAACUUCAGCAAGUGGAUCGGGAAGAAUGAGACCACCUCCCUGGCCACCGGUCGUGUCUCCACCACCACCAAAGUCCAGCCCAAGUUUGACGUGAACAAGAUGCACACCAAGGGAUCCCGAGAGUCCCAGCACCUUGUGGACGACGGCUCGGGCAACGUUCAGGUGUGGCGUAUCGAGGACUUUGAGAUGGCUCCCGUAGACCCAAAUAUGUACGGCCAGUUCUAUGGUGGAGACUCGUACGUCAUUCUCUACACCUAUGUUGUCAACGGGAAAGAGAGCUACAUCAUCUACUUUUGGCAGGGACAGGAGUCGUCCCAGGACGAACGAAGUGCAGCAGCACUCCACGCGGUCCAUCUGGACGACAAGUAUGGUGGAGCUCCGGUGCAGGUGCGCGUCGUGCAGGGGAAAGAGCCGGACCACUUCCUCCUGGUGUUCCGUGGCCGCAUGGUGGUCCACUCGGGCGGCCGUGCCAGCGCCUUCAAGAACAGGUUUUGACACGGACAGCUACGACGUGGACGGGACUCGGCUGUUCCACGUGCGAGGCACCAACGAGUUUGACACGAGAGCUGUCCAAGUGGAGGAGAAGGCACCCAGCCUCAAUUCCAACGACUGUUUUGUCCUCGAGACACCGAAGUCCACAUACAUCUGGUAUGGCAAGGGCUGCAGUGGAGACGAGCGACAGCUGGCAGACAACCUCUCCAAGAGCAUCUCCCCGGGCAGGGAGCCAGUCAAGGUCACCGAGGGCUCUGAGAGCACCGAGUUCUGGGACUCCCUCGGAGGGAAGGCACCAUAUGGAUCUGGUAAGUGGCUGGAGGAGGUGGUACCAACAGUUCCUCCUCGUCUGUUCCAGUGCUCCAAUGCCUCUGGGAGGUUCAAUGUGGAGGAGAUCUUUGACUUUGCUCAGGCUGACCUGAUCCCAGAGGAUGUGAUGAUCCUGGACACGUAUGCUCAGGUGUUUGUCUGGAUAGGGCACGAUGCUAACGAGGUGGAGAAGAAGGAGGGACUCAAGUCGGCCAAGGAUUACAUUGAGUCUGAUCCAUCUGGUAGAGACCUUGACUCCACUCAGCUCCUCCAGGUGAAGCAGGGCUUUGAGCCUCCGAUCUUCACCUGCCACUUCCUGGGCUGGAGCUCUGACCUCUGGGCCCAGGACAAGUCCUAUGAGGUCUACCUCAAGGAGGUGAAGCAGGGGGUGACAAAGGUGGCAGACGAGCUGGCCAAGUAUGACCCAAACACAAAGUUCCCCUAUGAGAAGCUGAAGGGGAAGAACAACUGCCCCACUGGAGUUGACCCAUCCAACAAGGAGCUUCAUCUGUCAGAGGAGGAGUUCAGCAAGGUGUUUGGGAUGAGUAUCCAUGACUACCGCCCCCUGCCCCAGUGGAAGAAAAACAACCUCAAGAAGAGUGUGGACAUGUUCUAAAUGGAGCCUAGACAUAGAACUUAGUUUUUAAAAACUUUUCUCUAGCGAAGCGUAGUAUAUACACGUAUUAUGCUGUAUGUCUUUGUAUGGAGCAUUUUUUACCAGGUGUGCAAAAAAGAGAUAUAUUAUGUUGAUAGCGUAUAAACUGCGUUGCAAAACACAACAGCAUUAUUAAAAGUAACACAUGGAAAAACUC